AUGGGGCUUCAUCUAUCCCGCUCGACACGGCUGAGCGUUGUGAUUGGCAUAUCAACAUGUUUCUUUCUGGCUGAGAUCUCACGUCGGUUGCCCUCUUUCUUGUUUUUGGUAGUAGUUGUUUUUGUGGGCUUCUAUACCCACUCUAUUGCUCUGAUUGCGGAUGCUUUCCACUAUCUGAAUGAUUUAGUUGGGUUCGUUAUUGCUCUUGUUGCAUUGAAGAAAUCCGAGCGCAGUGACUCGCCUAAGGAACUUACUUUUGGUUGGCAGCGGGCUCAGCUGCUCGGUGCCUUUUUCAAUGGUGUUCUUCUGUUAGGGUUGGGUAUUAGUAUAUUUUUGCAGUCCAUUGAGCGAUUUAUUGCCCUGCAACAUGUGCACAACCCCAAGAUGAUGUUCGCCAUUGGAUGUGUCGGAUUGGGCCUGAAUAUUAUUAGCGCAGUCUUCCUUCAUGAACAUGGACAUGGACAUGAACACAGUCGUGACCAUAGCCUAUCACCCACAAUUGAGAUCCCAGUUCUUCACCUCGGCGAAGAAUGCCAUGAUUCUAGCACCAAGCAUGACGAUCACGAACAUCUUCAUUCCGAAAAGCAUCAUUGUGCAGACUAUCAUGGUGGCCACGACCACGGUGAUCUGGGUAUGAUGGGAGUAAUGCUCCACGUCAUCGGCGAUGCAAUAAAUAACCUGGGCGUCAUGGCGGCCGGUCUGAUUAUCUGGCUCGCAGCACCCCAUACUGGCCGAUACUAUGCCGAUCCCGGUGUGAGCAUGUUCAUUGCCAUUCUCAUUAUUCUGUCAUCAUUGCCUCUGAUGCGCCGAGCCGGGAUGAUCCUGCUAGAAAGCGUGCCCACAGGAGUUGAUAUGGGCGAUGUCAAACACGACCUAGAAAAGAUCAAGGGCGUCGACUCCAUCCACGAACUUCACAUCUGGCGCCUCAACCAACAAAAGACCCUUGCCUCAGUGCACGUUGUGGUGUCCGACGACUCUGUCGAGAAUUUUAUGAAGACAGCCCGGGUGAUCAACGAGUGUUUCCACGCCUAUGGAAUCCACUCAAUUACACUACAGCCCGAACUAUUGGAAGUUGACGAGGUUUCCCAUGAAUCUUCCCGGUGCCAGGUUAUCUGCGGGACGGUGUGCGAGCAGUUGACUUGCUGUGGAUAA